AUACAGCGUUAAUACAUUCCGUGCCCUGUGAUCCGAUGAUGUCCGUCCUUUUUUCGUCGUUUCUUGGUCUUGCCAUUCUUACUGUCGCGAGUGGAGCUCCAUCUGAAGAUCUGAUAGUUGCAUUGCCAGGAUUAAAGAGUCCUCUUCCAUGGAAACAAUACUCAGGAUACUUGAAUGGAACUGAUAAAAAACACCUUCAUUACUGGUAUUUGGAGUCUUCUAGUUCAACACAAGCAACAGAUCCCCUUGUGCUGUGGAUGAAUGGAGGACCAGGGUGUAGUUCUGAUCUAGGCCUUUUGUCAGAACAUGGUCCAUUCAGGGUUGCUCCAGAUGGAAAAACACUGACAUUGAACCCAUACAGCUGGAAUAAGAUUGCCAAUAUGCUGUACUUAGAGGCACCAGCGGGGGUGGGGUUUUCCUAUGCUGAUGAUAAAGAAUAUAAAACAAAUGAUGAUGAGGUCUCCCUUUAUAAUUAUAUGGCUCUGAAAGAUUUCUUCAGGAAAUUUCCAGAAUUGACCAAAAAUGAAUUUUUUAUAACUGGUGAAAGUUAUGGUGGAAUUUAUGUACCAACACUAUCUCAGCGAGUCAUCAAGGAUCCCAGUAUAAACUUCCAAGGAUUUGCUGUGGGUAAUGGAAUAUCAGACUAUGGAAUGAACACAGACUCUCUAGUGUAUUUUGCCUAUAAUCAUGGAUUGAUUGGACAAAAAAUUUGGGAAGAUUUGGGAAGCUGUUGUGGAGGUAAUCUGACCAGAUGUACAUUUCACAGUAAUCCAAGCAAGAGUCCAAUGUGUGGUAGAGCAAUAAGUGAAGUUGAAACGAUAGUGGGCAUGAGUGGUUUAAAUGCAUACAAUCUGUAUGCUAAAUGUGAGUCCAAUAAGGCUGGUGUCUGGUUUGACAAGGAAACAAAUGCCUACACUUACUCCUUGUUCCCAUGGCAUUACCAUAGAAAUCCUGAAUACAAGAAACAACUAAAGUUUGUCCAGCAUUUGAUGAGUCAAGGUCAUAACCUCCGUCUUACCCCACCGUGUUUAAACUACAAUAAUGUGAUAAAGUACAUGAGAUCUAAAGAAACUAGAAAAGCACUCCACAUUCCAGAUAAUGUACAAGCAUGGGAUAUUUGCAGUGCAGUGGUUGGAGCACAGUAUAAAACCCUUUAUCAAUCAAUGAAGAUACCAUACAUAGAUGUACUAAACAAAGGGAAGAGGAUACUGGUGUAUAAUGGAGAUGUUGAUAUGGCCUGUAAUUUUCUGGGAGAUGAAUGGUUUACAGAUGAUCUCAAUCUUAAGGUGAAAGUUCCAAGAAAAAUAUGGAAGACGAUGGUGGAGGAUGGAACGUUACAAGUAGCAGGUUUUGUGAAGCAGUUUGAGAAUCUUACCGUGGUUACAGUCAGGGGAGCUGGCCACAUGGUGCCUACAGACAAACCAUCACAAGCUUUAUACAUGUUUACAAAUUUUAUACAGAACAAGCCUUACAUGUCAUAAUGGAGUUUUGUAAAUUUUGUAAUAUAGUCUGAAAUUUGUUACUCUUUUUACCAAGUUUUAUUAUAAUAAACUUUGAAAUGUAGAAAAAAAA